AUUUCUCUAACUAUUGAGUACCAAACAUCUCCUUCCAGAAAAGGACUAGAACCCCACGAAGAAAGAAAAUACGCCAGAGAAAGAAAAACGAAUUGUAUUUGACUUCCCAAAUUUUGUUUUUAUUCUCCAUAACUAGAGUGAAGUGGUCUUCACUUAAUGCUACAGAAAAGGAAAUAAAAGUCGAUUCAGCCUUCUCAGGCUCUGCUUUGGGCCAAGGCGGCGUGAUUGAUGUUCCAUUGUUGUUGAAUGUUGAGAUGGCGGGUCGAAGAGAAAAGUACGGCCAAUCGCUACGCGGAUCCAAAAUCGCCAUAGCAAUUGUAAUUGGGGUUCUUCUGGGCUGCGUUUUCGCUUUCUUGUUUCCCCAGGGACUCUUCUCCUCCUCGGAUCCUCCUACCCGUAAUCGCCGGCUUUCUAAAUCCUCCCUUCAGGUUGAUUCAUCUUCAUGUGACUCUCCGGAACGGAUAAACUUGUUAAAAUCAGACAUCAUGAAAUUGUCGGAGAAAAAUGCGGAGUUAAAGAAGCAGGUGAGGGAGCUCAAGGAGAAGUUACAGUUGGCUGCACAGGGAAAAGGUCAUGCUGAAGAGCAAGUGGUGGCAUUGAGCGAACCACGUAAAGCUGGGCCCUUUGGCACUGUGAAGGGAUUGAGAACUAACCCUCCUGUCCUCCCCGAUGAAUCAGUGAAUCCAAGGCUAGCAAAGAUCUUGGCAGAGGUUGCUGUGAGGAAGGAAGUUAUAGUUGCAGUUGCCAAUUCGAAUGUGAGAGACAUGCUUGAGGUUUGGUUCACUAGCAUAAAAAAGGCUGGUAUACCUAAUUAUCUGGUUGUUGCACUAGAUGAUGCGAUGGUGGAAUUUUGCAAGUCAAAUGAUGUUCCCGUUUACAAGAGGGACCCAGAUAAGAAUGUUGAUUUGAUUGGAAAAACAGGUGGUAAUCAUGCUGUGUCAGCAUUGAAAUUCAGGAUUUUGAGAGAGUUUCUUCAGCUCGGAUACAGUGUUCUUCUUUCUGAUGUUGAUAUAGUAUACCUCCAGAACCCAUUUGAUCAUUUUCAGAGAGAUUCGGAUGUGGAGUCCAUGACAGAUGGUCAUAGUAAUAUGACUGCUUAUGGGUACAAUGACGUUUUUGAUGAACCCGCAAUGGGGUGGGCACGGUAUGCACACACGAUGAGGAUAUGGGUGUAUAAUUCUGGGUUCUUCUUUAUGAGGCCCACCAUUCCUUCGAUUGAGCUCUUGGAUCGUGUUGCUGAUAGGCUUUCUCAGGAGAAAAAUUCUUGGGACCAGGCAGUUUUUAACGAAGAGCUCUUCUUCCCUUCCCAUCCAGGGUAUGUUGGGCUUCAUGCUGCAAAGAGAACCUUGGAUUUCUAUCUCUUCAUGAACAGCAAGGUCCUAUUCAAGACCGUGAGGAAAGAUGCUGCACUAAAGAAACUGAAGCCAGUCAUUGUCCAUAUAAAUUAUCACCCAGAUAAACUUUCAAGAAUGAGAGCUGUAGUUGAGUUCUAUGCAAAUGGCAAGGCAGAUGCCUUGGACCAAUUCCCAGAUGGUUCUGAAUGGUAGUGCUUGCACCUGAUAGAAAUUAAGUUCUUGCAAAGUUCCAUGCAGUGGAUCUCAUUUUGUGUUUGUUAUUUUCUUUUUGCUGGACGCAGGUAAUUUUGUACUCACUGCUACUUCUCAGGAGCAACUUGUAAUAUGAAUCUUCAUUUUAACCAUGAUUUUUCUUCUUGAAGUUCCAAGUCAUUGCUCCGA